CUUCCGUAGCGUCUUCCAUAAGACCUGGCUGCCUCUCCUCCUUCCAGUGUCCUUAGUGCUCACCACACCGCAGUGGCCUGACACCACCCUGGAAUUUCCACCAUCUACUGGAGAACAUAGCCCCAGCUUGUGUGUGGAUAACCAUCUCUCUAAAUGUUCGACUGACAGGCACCCAGAGACCCAACUGCUGCAAAGACCAUGUCUGUUCUCACCAUCUUCAGAUAGAGUGGAUGGCUCUUCCCUCAUUCAUCUGAUUACUUCUUUUUAUAACUUGAAAGCAAAACAAGUCCAUCAUGCCUUUAAAAAUGGGAGUUUUCCUUGUAAUGUUGCUGUUUGUCUUCCAAGCCACCUGGAUUAAAGAGCUGAAUUGUGAAGAUACUUUUUCUGUCCAAUCCAUCAAUUCAAGACACUUGAUAGAACUCUUAAGAACGGCCAAACAAACAUCGCAUGUAAGGACGAUAUUUGACCUGGAAAGACAUCGGACGAAAAGGUCAACGUUUUUCCACACAGGGGUGAAGGUCUGUCCUCAAGAGACAAUACGUGAGGUGAUUGCUAGCCAUCAGGCUUACUACAAACUGAGAGUUUGUCAGGAGGCAGUGUGGGAAGCUUUCCGGAUCUUCUUCGACAGGAUCCCUGGGACAUCCGAAUAUCAACAGUGGGUCGGAUUGUGUCAGCGUGAGUCCUUAUGCAUCGCUGACCUGGCCCAGAACUUCAGCAACGCCCAGGAGCACCUCAACAUGGUGUACAGGAGAGUGAGUUUGCGGGACGAGAGACAGAGACAACGGGGACGGGAGGUGCCUACAGUCAAACCUGUGGUGACCACAACAAAGGUUCCUGAAACAACAGGUGCAGAUACAGAGCUUCCCAACGCCUUACCUGAACAACCAUUGGAACAGGUGGUGGAGUUCAGCAUUACCAUAGUGGAUCCAGGCUACAGUGAGCUUCUGAAUGAUCCGAACACUGCCCAGUACCAUGACCUCACGCGUCACCUGCGUGACCAGAUGCAUGAUGUUUUUGACAAGCUUCCAGGAUUUAAAGACAUCCAAGUGUUGGGAAUUAGGUCCGACGGCAUUUCUGUACGCUAUGUGCUAACCUUUGAGAUGGACGCACAGGAAUCUAGUGAAGCUAGAAGUGACAGUGCAGAGACGGUUGAUCCAAGCUUGGCCUGGGAUGAUGGGAAAACAGAGUCCUUGCCUGAUGUCAGUCUGAAGGCAGCGGUGGCCAAAACCCUGAGCGAAGACACUUCCCUGCCAGUAGCACUUGAUUCCCUCAGCUUUGAGCCAGUGGAGAAGGAGAAUGCCCUUGAGACUCUUCUGGACCCCACAACUGUAUCAGAGGAAGAGGCAGAGCAGACUCAAAUGGAAACCACAGCCAAGUCAUUCAUAGAUGACAGCGAAUCAGCACAGCCUUCCAUCACGGUCCUGCCCACCAUCUCUGAGGUUGCCUUUGAUGACACGACAGAGGAGUCUGACCUCAUCUAUGUGAAUAAAUUUGAGCCAACAGACUCUUACCAGCUCACAACACAGGUGGUGGCUGGACCACACGAAGAAGAACUUAUUAUCACUCAUGAGCUUGAAUCCAUACAGGGGGGUACUGGUGAACUUACAAAAGAUGUUGUUCCAGCUAUUGAGCUUGAAGAAGACUCAGAGCCGCCCAAGGAGGAAACUAACAUCCUAAAACCUGAUGAGGAUACUGAUGAUCUUGAGUCUGAGGAGAAUCUUCCCCAUGUAGAGACCCUACAACCUGAAGUGGACCUGAGUGAACUUAAACCAGUGGAAGACAUUGAGACCCUUCAACCCAUGGAAGAUACUGACACCCGUCAACUUGAGGAGCAUACAGCUGGGUUUCUGCCCAAAGGAGAAACAGGUGAUCUUCAACUUGAAGAAGAUACAGGUAAUCUUCCCCCUCAGGAUGCUGAUACCCCUCAACUGGAAGAGGACAGCAAUGACCUACAACCUGAGGAAAACCCAGGUCACAUUCAGCUUGAAGAGAAUACAGGUAACCUUCAACCAAUUGAUGCUGAUAGCCUUCUGUCUGAAGAGGAUGCAAGUGCCAUUCAUCCCGAAGAGUACACAGAUGAUCUUCAUACUGUGGAGGACAUAGAAGACUAUCUUCCUAAAAUGGACGCAGAUGUUGUUCAGUCUGUCAAGGACAAUCAGCCUUCUGAAGAUGCAAAUGAACUCCAGCCUUCUACCAUUUAUCUUGAGGACAUUGAUUUUGAAGACCUUCAGACUGAAGAAGAACCUUCCACUAGAAGCGAGACCACUGCAAAGCCCUCCACCACAGAAGCAACAGUGACAGAGUUAACCGCUCCUGCCACACAAGAAGUGACUGAUAUUCCUGUGCCCAAAGAGGUUUCAUCAGCACCCCCUGAGAGUCUUGUGGUUCCUGAAGUGAUUGUUUCUGAAGAGGGUGAGGAGGACAACAUUGAAGUAAGAGUGCAAGACAUUGCAAGUGAACUGGACCGUAUGGAUGUGGUGAGCACUGAGACUUUUGACCUGUUAGGGUACGGCAGUGGUGACCCCUUCAUCAGUGAAGAACACCGGUUUGAGACAACCGCUCCCCCUCCCCUGAAAUACCUGACCACUCCCUCCAUGACCACGGCCAACAAGGGCAAAGAGUUAGUGGUCUUCUUUAGUUUGCGAGUCACCAACAUGAUGUUCUCCGAGGACCUCUUCAACAAGAACUCGUCAGAGUACCGAUCACUGGAGAACACCUUCCUUGAACUGCUACUCCCUUAUCUGCAGUCGAAUCUAACAGGAUUCAAGCAGCUGGAGAUUCUCAACUUCCGGAACGGGAGCGUCGUGGUGAACAGCAAGAUGAAGUUCGCCAAGUCCGUCCCCUACAACGUCACGCAAGCUGUGCACUGCGUCCUGGAGGAGUUCUGCAAUGCGGCCUACAGGCGCCUGGACAUUGAGAUUGAUAGCAGCUCUCUGGACGUGGAGCCUGCUGAUCAAGCAGAUCCUUGCAAGUUUUUGGCCUGCAACGAGUUUUCCAGCUGCGUGGCAAACAGACGGACCAGGGAGGCCCAGUGCCUGUGUGACCCCGGCUACGUCGCCAUGGACGACCUGCCCUGUCAGAGUAUCUGUAUCCUCCAGCCAGACUACUGCCUCAACGGGGGACGGUGCGAGAUAGUACCCGGUCAUGGAGCGGCUUGCAGAUGUCCCGUAGGUAGAUACUGGCACUUUCGUGGAGAACGCUGCUCUGAGCUGGUGACGCAGGCAGUAGACCCCUUCCUUUUCGUAGCCUGGCUUGUCGGGGCUCUCAUCUUUGUUUUCGCUGCGAUAGGUGUCUUGAUUAAAAGGGAGUGUAUACGGACCACACAGACAGUAAUGCUGGUGUAA